ACCUGGGCCAGAGAUGAAGAAGCGCGCGAGGCAAAGGAAAGCUUUGAGAACAGUGGGAGAGCACAGCUUCUGCGUGGUGAUGCGAAGCGAGCUCCUGUCCGAGAGCUGCUGCUUGAUCUUGCCAGUUCCCGAGAACUACCUGAGCACCGCCGCUAGCAGUCGAGGCAAAGCGAUCCUCGAGACACGAAGCGGUGUGAAGUGGGAGAUAGAAUACGAGGCGGAAGCAAAGAGCCAGACAAUCCGGCUGGGCGCAGCAGGAUGGCACGCCUUUUCGGUCUACAACCAGCUCAAUCCAGGUGACUCCAUCGUCUUCACGCUGGCCGCUAGCAGCUUUAUGUGCUUCUCGGUGGUCUUGUUUGGAAGAGAUGGAGUGGAGAAAGAGGCAGUGCCGUUGCCCGUGACGCUCGAUGGUGACCAGCAGUCGUGACAAACUACCUAGAUCCUCUUGCUUGCAAGAAAAGAACUUGCUCGAGCUGCUCUUGCUUGCUCGGCUUCGAACUGAUUUUAUAGCUGGAUUCUACGUUAAGCCAUCGUAGAAGGACGCGUCCACUACCAAAUUCCUCGCUACAUCAAAACGUGAGGCCCGUUUUCUGGGGGAAGACCACUUCACCGGGCUUUGGCAAUGCAAAAGAAGAUUUCACUCGUCUAAACAUUCAAGACUUGGAGAAUCCGCGUCACCUCUUGGUAUUUCUUAUGAAAUGGACUUGCACAACCAGA